AUAUUUUGGGUUUGUCUGUGUCUCCGUAUCAUAUCACCUUCUCAUAGAUCUCUAACCACUUUGCUUCAACUAUGGAACUUCGUUGGCUUCCAUUGCUUUGUUCUCUCAAUCUGAUACUGAUGACAGCUCAAGCUGCCAUACCUCCACAAGUUUACUGGGAAAGGAUGCUUCCAAAUACCCCUAUGCCCAAACCAAUCAUAGAACUUCUAAACCUUGAAAAAAUUCAAUCACAAGAUGAAAUCCCUUGGUAUGGCGCUGAAAAGAUUCGAUCUCAAGAUGAAAUUCCUUGGUAUGGCGCUGAAAAGAUUCGAUCUCAAGAUGAAAUUCCUUGGUAUGGCGCUAAAAAGAUUCAAUCACAAGAUGAAAUCCCUUGGUAUGGCGCUGAAAAGAUUCAAUCUCAAGAUGAAAUCCCUUGGUAUGGCGCUGAAAAGAUUCGAUCUCAAGAUGAACUUCCUUGGUAUGGCGCUAAAAAGAUUCAAUCACAAGAUGAAAUCCCUUGGUAUGGCGCUGAAAAGAUUCGAUCUCAAGAUGAAAUCCCUUGGUAUGGCGCUGAAAAGAUUCGAUCUCAAGAUGAACUUCCUUGGUAUGGCGCUAAAAAGAUUCAAUCACAAGAUGAAAUCCCUUGGUAUGGCGCUGAAAAGAUUCGAUCUCAAGAUGAAAUCCCUUGGUAUGGCGCUGAAAAGAUUCGAUCUCAAGAUGAACUUCCUUGGUAUGGCGCUAAAAAGAUUCAAUCACAAGAUGAAAUCCCUUGGUAUGGCGCUGAAAAGAUUCGAUCUCAAGAUGAAAUCCCUUGGUAUGGCGCUGAAAAGAUUCGAUCUCAAGAUGAACUUCCUUGGUAUGGCGCUAAAAAGAUUCAAUCACAAGAUGAAAUCCCUUGGUAUGGCACUGAAAAGAUUCGAUCUCAAGAUGAAAUCCCUUGGUAUGGCGCUGAAAAGAUUCGAUCUCAAGAUGAAUUCCCUUUAUAUGGUGCUGAAAAGAUUCGAUCACAAGAUGAAUUCCCUUUAUAUGCUCUUCUUCCAAAGGUAAACCUUGUUGCUAAUCAUCAUCACCAUGACAACCUAAAACCCGAUCUAGUCUUCUUUGAGGAAGGAUUGAAGCCUGGCAUGAAAUUAGAAGGACACUUCUAUAAAAGAACUUAUACAACUCCAUUGUUGGCUCGCCAAAUUGCAGAACGUAUACCAUUCUCUCCAGAAAAGACAAAAGAAAUAUUGGAGAUUCUUUUUGUGAAUCCAAAGCCUAAGAAUGUUGAGAUUGUGAAGAAAGCCACUAGUCGGUGUCAAGCACCUGCAAUGAUUGGAGAAGAAAAACAUUGUGCAACUUCACUAGAAUCCAUGGUGGAUUUCAUCACUUCUAAGCUUGGGAAGAACAUCCAUGUUGUUUCUACAGAGGUGGAAAAGGAAACAAUGUCCACAAAAUUCUUAGUGAAAAAUGGAGUGAAGAAGUUAGCAGAAGAUAAGAUCAUUGUUUGUCAUCCUAUGAAUUACCCUUAUGUUGUCUUUUUUUGUCACGAGGUACUAAAUACUACUGCACAUUUUAUGCCUUUGGAAGGAGAAGAUGGUACUAGAGUUAAAGCUGUAGCUGUGUGCCACAAAGACACAUCAGAAUGGAAUCCAAAGCAUAUUUUUUUCCAGAUGCUUAAAAUCAAGCCUGGAACUACUCCAGUGUGUCACAUGUUCCCUGAGGGCCACCUUCUUUGGUUUGCCAAAUAGAUUACUUAAAUCAAUCAUGCUAGUAUCCUUAAAUAAGUAGGCAUAUCCAUACAUGUACUAUAUUAGCCUACAAUGUAUUUCUCUUUGUUUGAAACUAUGAUAUGCCAUAAUUGCAUUGUCAAAGUGUGGAAAUCAUGAUGAUAAUUUGAUGUAUUAUGUGUUAGUGUUAAGUCAAAAAAUGAUCUUGUGUUAAGUUAAAAGACAAUCUUGGAUCCCUUAAGUUUUAAUGAUAAUAAACAAAUAUUUUUUUUUUAAAA